UGAAGCAAAGGUAUCGAGCGAUAGAUCGGCAAGGGGAGGGAAGUAUUUAACCGGGGAAAGGGCUAAGUCCAUUGUCCCGAUUUCCACUUUCUCAGUACCUGGCCGCUGCCGCCGCAUUCUCUCUCCCUCUUUCACUCCAGAGUCCUAGCCUUAGGGUUUCUUCUCAAAGCUCUUCUCCCCGCCAUGGAGGGCCUCGAGAUGGAGGGUGAGAUGCCCUGCCUCCCCGAAGACGAUACCACCGGAGACGACCUCGCCACCGGCGUCCUCGCCCGCUUCCACAGCUCCACUAGGGACGACCACCAGCACCUCUGCGCCGCCGUCGGGGCCAUGGCUCAGGCGCUGAAGGACCAGGACAUCCCCCGCACCCCUGUGGCCUACUUCGGUGCCACCGCCUCCUCCAUCGACCGACUGUCCCGCAACCCGGCCUCCGGCUCCGACCCCGUUGCCACCGCGCUGCUCUCCUUCCUCUCCAUGGCCCUCCCCAGGGUCCCUACCGCCGUCCUCAGGACUAAAGGCGCUUUGGUUGCCGAGUCUCUGGUUCGGAUUCUAGGUUUUGGGUCGCUGCCGGAAGGUGGCGUGAAGGCUGGGUUGAAGUGCGUCUCUCAUCUCCUCGUGGUUGGAGACAAGGGGAGCUGGUCAAGCGUGUCCACUCUCUAUGGAGUUCUUAUUGGCUUUGUCACAGACCACCGCCCGAAGGUCAGAAAGCAGUCUCACUCAUGCCUGCAGGAUGUACUUCAGAGUUUCCAAGGGCUGGCAGUUCUGGUUUUGGCAAGUGAAGGAAUCACAGGCAUUUUUGAGAGGUUUCUUCUGCUUGCUGGUGGAUCUAAUUCCACCAGUUCAGCUGCAGAGGGAGAAGGGCCCAGGGGAGCUUUGGAGGUCUUGUAUAUUUUGAACGCUUUGAAGGACUGUCUUCCUCUUAUGUCAAUAAAGUCUAUAAAUGUCAUUCUGAAAUACUGCAAGCCGUUGUUGGAUCUGCGACAGUCAGUUGUUACACGGAGUAUAUUGGAGAUUUUGGUGUCUUUCUGCAGCAGUCCAACUUCGGAGGUUGCUCCUGAAGUGUUGUUAGAUCUGCUAUGCUCAUUAGCGUUAUCCAUUCCUGAUAAGGAAAAAUCAGCAGAUGGGAUGGCAUCAACAGCACGCUUACUCCAUGUUGGUACAAAGAAGGUUUACCAGCUAAACAGGAAGAUGUGCAUCGUGAAGCUUCCUAUCACAUUUAAUGCCCUUGGAGAGAUCUUAGCCAGUGAGCAUGAGGAAGCCAUAUUUGCUGCUACUGAGGCUUUAAAGGGCUUGAUAGGGUCUUGCGUUGAUGAAAGCCUGGUGCAACAGGGAGUUGAUCAAAUCAAGACUAGCGAUGGAGGAACAAGAAAAUCUGGACCCACAAUCAUUGAAAAGAUAUGUGCCAUUAUCGAAGGCUUCCUUGGUUAUCGUUACAAUGCUGUCUGGGACAUGUCCUUUCAACUUCUUUCAACAGCAUUUGAUCAAUUAGGGGAAUCUUCAUACUAUCUGAUGGCUGGAGCAGUUAGAAGCCUUGCAGAUAUGCAGAACUUACCGGAUGAAGACUUUCCUUACAGAAAGCAGCUUCAUGACUGUGUUGGCUCAGCACUUGGUGCCUUGGGACCUGAUGCAUUUUUACACCUUUUGCCUCUCAAUCUGGAUGCUGAAGAUAUAUCUGAUGCUAAUGUUUGGCUGCUUCCUAUAUUGAAGCAAUACAUAAUUGGUGCCCGUUUAAGCUUUUUUACAGAAAAAAUUUUGAAAAUUGUCAGCAGAAUACAGCAGAAAUCCCUCAAGCUUGAAAAGGAGGGACGGAUUUAUUCAGCUAGGAGUGCAGAAGGCCUUGUAUAUUCACUAUGGUCUUUGUUGCCUGCCUUCUGCAACUAUCCUGUUGAUACUAGCAGUAGCUUUAAAGUUCUUCAGAAAGUGUUAUGUAAUGCCCUUCGUCAAGAGCCUACAUUGCAUGGCAUAAUAUGUUCAAGCCUGCAGAUUCUGAUUCAACAGAACAAAGACAUAGCAUCUGGAAACUCCAGCAAGUCUGAUGAUGAGAUAAGCAAACCUGAAAGAAAAGCAAGAGAUCACUAUACAGUUGAUGUAGCAGACAAAAAUUUGAAGGCAAUACGGUCAUUUUCUUUAGAGUUCUUCUCAGUUUUAUCUGAAGUCCUCUUGACAUCGCCAAAAGAUAGUGGUGGAUGCUUACAGUAUACGAUCCACGAUUUUGCUUCCAUAUCAGAUGAAAGGGUAGUCAAGAAAUUUUUCAUGACCACUAUGCAUAAGCUAUUGAAGGUGACUCAGGAAGUGAUUAAGGUGAAGCACAAUAAAAAUUCUAAUUCAAUGGAAAUUGACAGUCCAUCUGCCAAGGUGUCACUCUCACAUUCAAGGGCUCUCUUAUUGGACUUGGCAGCUGCACUUCUGCCAGGUCUCGGUAAGCAAGAAAUUGGUUUAUUAUUCAGUGCUAUUAAGCCUGCAUUCCAGGAUGAAGAAGGGUUAAUCCAAAAGAAAGCAUAUAAAAUUCUUUCAGUUGUACUCAAGGAAUGUGAUGAAUUUCUUCCUAGUAAUCUGGAUGAACUACUUGAGUUGAUGAUAGCAGCACUGCCUUCUUGUCAUUUCUCAGCUAAACGCCAUAGACUUGAGAGUUUAUAUUUUUUGAUUGUCUAUGUUUCAAAGGAUCCAUCAGAACAGAGGAAGAGAGAUGUGAUCAGCUCCUUCCUCACUGAAAUAAUACUCGCUUUAAAAGAGGCUAACAAAAAAACAAGAAAUAGGGCAUAUGACUUGCUUGUGGAACUUGGCCAUGCAUGUGAAGAUGAAGACAAGGGCGGGAGAAAAGAAAAUCUACAACAGUUUUUUAACAUGAUUGCUGGAGGUCUUGCCGGUGAAACACCACAUAUGAUCAGUGCAGCAGUAAAAGGAUUGGCACGGCUGGCAUAUGAGUUCUCGGAUCUCAUUGGUGCAGCUUACAACUUGCUCCCAUCUACUUUUCUUCUCCUGCAAAGAAAGAAUCGUGAGAUAAUCAAAGCUAAUUUAGGUUUCAUGAAGGUAUUGGUUGCGAAGUCCAAAGCAGAUGGGUUGCAAAUGCACUUGGGGGCAAUGGUUGAAGGACUGUUGAAGUGGCAAGAUGACACCAAGACACAUUUUAAAGCCAAGGUAAAGUUGCUUAUUGAAAUGCUGGUGAAAAAAUGUGGUUUAGAUGCUGUUAAAGCAGUGAUGCCUGAAGAACAUAUGAAACUGCUUACCAACAUUAGGAAGACCAAGGAGCGAAAAGAACGAAAAGCCAGAUCUGAGGCAGAUUCAGAAUCACUUCAUUCAAGAAUGUCUAUCUCCAGACAAAGUAGAUGGAACCAUACUCGUAUUUUUUCUGAUUUUGGAGAUGAGGAUGGGGAAGAUGAUAGUGAUGCAGAACUUGGGGUACCCAACGCUUUUUCUGGCCAAUGGACCAAGGCUUCUUCUGUUGCAUUCUCGAAAGCUGCUUCUUUGAGGUCAAACCGAAUGCAUCAAGCAGCUAAUAGCUUACCAGAAGAUUUGCUUGACCAGUUGGAAGCUGAUCCGCUUGACUUGCUAGACCGACAAAAGACCAGAUCAGUCCUCCAAUCAUCAGCACACCUCAAAAGGAAGCAAACAUCUUGUGAUGAGCCAGAGAUAGACCCUGAAGGGCGUCUUAUUGUUCAUGAGGACAGUUACAAACCUAAAAAGGAGAAAAGCCUUUCUUUAGAUCAUGAUUCAGAUGCAAGAAGCUAUAUUGGCAGCCGUUCAAUGGCAAGUUCUUCAAGAAGAACACAGAAGAAACGCCAGAAGACAACAGAUUCCGGGUGGGCUUACACAGGUGGUGACUAUACGAGUAAGAAGGCUGGUGGGGAUGUCAAGAAGAAGGAUAAACUGGAACCAUAUGCAUACUGGCCUCUUGACCGAAAGCUGCUGAACCGUAGGGCAGAGCGUAGGUCAUCUGCACGCAAGGGUAUGGCAAGUGUUAUGAAGUUCACAAAGAAGCUUGAAGGAAAGAGUGUUUCUGGUAUACUCUCUCCCAAGGGGAUGAAGCUCAAAAAGAAACAUAAGAAGGGAAGCAAGAACAGGUGAGUAGGAGUGAAUACUCAUGGCGAUUAGGAUGAAGGCUUGCUUUUGCUGAUGUGUGCUCAAGCAAGGUCAGUUUAUGAUAAAUGACCUGCAAUACUUGGAGCUUCAAUUUUUUUUUUGGCUCAAUUUUAUCAGGACAGAGAAUUCAUGCACAAAUUGCAUCGUGAAUUCUGGAGAUAACUUGAGAUUGUAUUUUUAGCUUAAUUCUUUUUCUUGUAUUUUUAUAGCUUUGACCAAUGUCUUAUGACCUUGAGUUAUUUAAAUUUUGGAGAAGGCGUUUCAUCCUUUUAUUGGUAA